UUCAACAGCCAGCAACAUGGUUCAGUGGACAGACUUUGAGCGCGGCACCAUUCAGAGCGUCUUCGAGAAGAUGGACUACGAUGACGUAGGGCCCGCGGCUCUUUCCAGGUGUCUGGUUGUGUACCCCUGGACCCAGAGGUAUUUCGGUAACUUUGGAAACCUGUACAACGCCGCUGCCAUCCAGGGAAACCCAAUGGUCGCCGCUCACGGAAAGACCGUCCUGCGCGGACUGGACCGGGCUGUCAAGAACAUGGAUGACAUCAAGGCCACCUACGCAGAGCUGAGCGUGCUGCACUCCGAGAAACUACACGUGGAUCCAGACAACUUCCGGCUGCUGGCUGACUGCCUUACUAUUGUUGUUGCUGCGAGAAUGGGUGCUGACUUCACCGCUGAUGUCCAGGGUGCUUUCCAGAAGUUCUUGGCCGUCGUGGUGAGCUCCCUGGGCAGACAGUACCACUAGAGCCCCUCCACUCAGAGACGGACGACCAUCAGAGGACCAACAAGCGCUGAUCAUUUGUUUUGAGGCACAUGUUGUUCCUUCUA